CGUUAACAGGGUCACGUGCUUUCAUCAUGUCUCAACAUAUUGUGCGUCGCAUUAUUAGCACGGCUAAAGCUCCGAAGGCCAUUGGACCUUACAACCAGGCUGUACUUGUAGAUCACACUCUUUACGUCUCGGGCCAAAUUGGUUUUGUUCCUGAGACGAUGAAGUUGGUGAGUGAUGAUGUCGUGGAACAGGCCAAACAGGCGCUUACAAAUAUGGGACACAUACUGGAAGCAGGAGGAUCGUCUUACAAAAGUGUUGUGAAGACGACUGUCCUUCUCACUGACAUCAAAGAUUACCCCAAGGUCAAUGAAGUGUAUGCCUCGUUCUUUGCUGACAAGUCUCCAGCUCGGGCAGCUUACCAAGCGGCUGCCCUACCUGCAAAUGCUCGUGUAGAAAUCGAGGCUGUUGCCAUCAGUGGAGAGAUUCGAGAUGAACUGCGCGGUAUGUCGACUCACAUUGUUCGUCGCAUCAUCAUUACUCCGGACUGUCCUAAACCCAUCGGUCCAUACUGCCAUGCAGUUUGCGUUGGUCGUACAGUUUAUCUUUCUGGACAAACAGGAGUUGAUCCAGAGACAAUGAAAUUGGUGGGUACCACUGUUGAAGAACAAACGAGGCAGACGCUUAUCAAUCUUGGUCAUGUUUUGAAAGCAGCCGGAUCAUCAUUUGACAAAGUGGUCAAAGUAAAUGUCCUACUAGCCGAUAUACGUGACUACCACAGAAUGAAUGCCGUCUAUCAAACCUUCUUUCCCAAGCAUCCACCCGCACGAGCUGCAUAUCAAGUCGCUGCUCUGCCCAACUGGGCUCGUGUUGAGAUCGAGAUGAUCGCAGUUACUGGAGACGUGGACAAUAUUGGACCAUCAAAACUGUAGUCUGUAUUGUAGUUGGUAUGUGCAUGUGUACACUGUACAUGAUUGUAUCCCUUGUAGAUACUUAUAGCAGCCAGGCAUGGCAUGUGCUCAUUGAUGGUGUAACUGUAGAAUGCUGUAUCUGAGGGAUGCAGCUCACAAUACACUAGACUAUUGUGUUGGAGGGAUGCAUCUCUCACAAUACACUAGACUAUUUC